UAAGCUAUUUUUAACUAUACAAUUAUAAGAAAUGCCAGUUUUUAUUUCGAACAGCGCGUUUUGUAAAUUGAGGGUUGUGUAAGCAACCACUAUUUCUUAAGUGCUAGAUAUCGUUCAUCGCAACACAAUUCUCUAAAUAGAACGGAUGACAGCUGAUCAAACCAUAUUAUCACCAAUGCUUUAGCAUUCAAAGUGCGGCUAUUGAAAAUCAUUGUACAUAAUUUCUUUACAUAGCAAGCUGAUAUUAUUGUGAAUAGUGGCCAUGGGUUUUGCAAGAAGUUAGAUAUGCAAUUUUUUUUUCGGUAAAGUUCUUUUUUCUUUAGCGAAUAACCAUAAGAGAAACGAAUAUGAAUGCUUCAUAAUACAACGAUCUAUUAUCUCAUAAAUGCUAUAAUAACUAACAGAAAACAUCCACUUUGUGUCAAGUUUUUGCAAAUAACUUUGGUAACAAAUUGUGGUGGUAGUUUGUUUUCCCAACCCAUGCAAUGCAUUCUACACUUCCAAUUACUACAUUCGAUCUUAAUGAAGUGAGACUACACCAUGAGCACACAUCCUGCGUUUCAGCUGUGUUUUUUCAUCCAAAUAACACUUAUUCCCUUUAAACAUUAUAUCAUCCAAAUUGCUGCAUUUGCUAUAAAUAAGGCACCAUUGUCUUCCUUUGUUGGGAUCAAGACUGAAUUUAAUUCUAACUCCCAUAAGCAUGGAAUCAUUUUCAAUACUAAUACAAAAAGUCCGAUAGCCUUUGUGUAUAAUUUGAUUUUUGUCAAUUCGUCAAGAAAAAUACAAAGUACAAUAUAAAUAAUAUUUCAUGACGUUUUACCAAGCUAUCGUGUAAUUUUUUUUAGACAUAAGAAAUAAUCAUACUGUAAAAAAAGGUGUGUUAAAAUAUUUCCAUCUAUGCAAUUUUUUCCAUAAGUUGUUUUACUCCAGAUCCUGAGAUUCUUUAUCUAAA